CGACUCUCUUCACAACUGUGCUUCACCAAAUCCAAAAGCUUCGCUGUCAUUUUCUUCGAGUCAGAGAGAAAGAAGGAGAUCGAGAUAGGGAAUUGGAUUCCCAUCUGAUCAUCAUCAUGUCAUUCUCCUUCUUCAAGCCGUCGAGGCCCAAAACCCCACAGGAGGUCGCCAAGGCCAUUAGCGACAGCCUCACUGCCCUCGACUCCCAGACCGUCGCCGAAGUUAAAUCCCUCGAAAAGGCAUUGGAAGAGGUGGAGAAGAAUUUUGGGAUUAUGAGAUGCAUGCUUGUGGGAGACGGUGAGACAGAAGCUAAUAUGGAACAAGUUUCGCAGCUUGUGUGUGAGAUAUGCAAGGAGGAUGUUCUUGCUCUUCUAAUUCACAAGUUGCCGAUACUGGGAUGGGAAGCGAGAAAGGAUUUGGUCCAUUGUUGGUCCAUAUUGUUGAAGCAAAAGGUUGAGGAUACUUAUUGUUGCCAACAGUACAUUGAGAAUCAUUAUGAAUUGCUGGACUUUCUCGUUGCGAGCUAUGAUAACAAGGAAAUUGCCUUGAAUUCUGGAGCUAUGUUGAGGGAUUGCAUCAGAUUCCCUGUUCUUGCAAAAUACAUAUUGCAGUCUGCAAGCUUUGUUUUGUUCUUCAAAUAUGUGGAGUUGCCUAACUUUGAUGUAGCUUCUGAUGCAUUCUCUACUUUUAAGGAUUUACUUACUAAACAUGGAAUGGUGGUAUCUGAAUUUUUGACCGCUCACUAUGAUGAGUUCUUCGACCUGUAUGAAAAACUGUUGACAUCUCCUAACUACGUGACUAGGAGGCAGUCUUUAAAGCUUCUUACGGAUUUCCUAUUGGAGCCUCCAAAUUCUCAUAUAAUGAAACGCUACAUAUUAGAAGUUCGGUUCUUGAAAGUUAUGAUGAUGCUGCUGAGGGAUUCCAGCAAAAAUAUACAGAUUGCUGCCUUUCACAUUUUCAAGGUUUUUGUUGCUAAUCCGAAUAAGCCCCAGGAAGUCAAGGUUAUUUUGGCUAAGAACCAUGAAAAGUUGACGGAGUUGCUCCAGAAUCUUUCUGCCGGAAAAGGUGAUGAAGAUGACCAAUUUGAAGAGGAAAAGGAGCUGAUCAUAAAGGAAAUUGAAUUAGUAACCCAACAGCCUAAUCUUAAAUACUAGUUUGCUUGUCCUAGUUGCCUUUGAGCCGAAUUCCUGCAUUCGGAUUCUAGUUCGUUUAUGGUAAUGAUCUUCUCACAAACGCUGUAUGCCAAAAAUGAAGAAAGGAAAAAAGAAAUUCAUGGAACAGGGAUGGUUUCAGUGCAGUAGCAGGUGUGGAUGUAUCAAGAUCUGUUUCCCUUUGUAAUCUUAUUGAUUUCCAAAAAGAAAAGAAGGAAAUUUGAUUCGAUACAGAAGCUAUUGUAAAAGCAGUUGUUGUUUAUCCGGUGAUUAAGAUCACGGUAUGAGUUA